GUGAUCGUUUUACAAGUCAGACGUACAUUUUGAUCUUAGGAUACGGACAUUCACCGAACAAUUGAGAAUGUCAGUAAUGAAUUGGAGAAUAAAUCAUGUAUCGCCUCAUCAAUAGCACAAAAGCAAAAUCAAGGCGACCUGUAAAUAAACGAGACCUGGCCAACCAUUGGCUUAACACCGAUCCAUAGUUUCCAUGUACAUACUCAAACAGUUGACACCGGAUCCUCAUUUAAGUCGUCUUUUACACCAAUCCUGUUUAUUUGGGACGUCCACAACGAGGACUUUGUUAAAGACAAAUUGUGGGACACGUGAAUGUUGUUAAUCCUCGUGUAUUGUCAUCGUGCAUAAUCAUCAGUUUGACGGCAGUAUGUUUUAUUUAGUCCUAUACGAUGUUUUGAGAACUUUAUGUUUGAUACACGCGUGAAUCAUAUUAUACAUGUAUGCAUCUGAAAAAGAAAUAGGUGUUCUUGUUUUUGUAAUAUGCCAGGUCAAAUGUUGAAAUGCUAGCUGUCUUCUAAGCUUCAGCACCAUUACCUUCAGGAACGUUCAGUCUUAUAUUGUACUGUGUACGUGAAAUAACAGGACGGCAGUAGUAUGUAGGCAGUACUUUGGAUCUGCGUACACGACUUGUGCCACUACGUCGGUGGCAUCACAUUGAAUUAUACUACACUGCCGGGCAAAAGAAAGUAUACUUAUGGUUGAUGGUGGCUUAAUUGAAAAAACAAGAACUGGUUAUUCGAUAGUGAUGUAUUUGAAACGGGUAUCACAGUUGUGUUUUGGGCCUUAAGUUUGCAGUGUUUCGGCGACUGUUUUCAGCCUAGUAACGUUUUGAUAACGUUUGUAAUAUUUCGGCAAAAUCCAUUUUGCAGGUGUCUUUUGCCCGGCAGUUUACACUAAGCAAUAACAACAGUUUAGUUUCACGUUGUGUCAGAGACCAUGUGAGCUAUGCUUCAGCCCAGGGAUGUCAUGCAACUAAGUCCUCCGGUCCACAUACAUAUGCCAGAGUUUUACAAAUUCGCAUAAAUCUUGAUUUUUAGCAGUUCAUAUCUCUUGUAAAUAGAAUGUUUGACAUAUAAUUAUCAAACGUCAGCGUCAAAGAAUAGUCAGCGUCGAUUGUCUGAGGAAACAGAUUCCUUUGGGCGUAAAAAGCAAAAUCGGUGUGAAAAUGAUAUGAAUGGAUCACUGUAAAUCAGUGAUGGCACCAGGUGUUCAUGAUAUGAACAGUUUUACUGUGACAGAAUCAUCUUGUUCAAACAGCCGACGCUACAGCUUCGCAAGGACUCUUUGUGUAUGUAAUGUAUGUGUACAAAAAACACCUCACGACAUUGGCUAUUUAUAGCGACCUCGUACUAGUGUUGUCAUGCUUAAACCUGUAUACAGACGAAUCACUGGUAUUGAAUGGGACACACGUGACACUACCGACAAACGUACUCUUUAAAUGCAUGCAUAAACAACGAUGUUUGAUUCAUUCUAAUAACAUUUUUUUAAAUGUAAGACGACUGAUGUUUUUUUAUAUGGUGAGCUGGUUAUUUCACAACAGUCAAACGUUGCAGGUACUCUUUUUUAAUAGAAAUAGAUUCAAGAGCAGAUAACUCUGAACAUUAUUCGCCACAGUUUUGAUUCAAAUUCAAUUUCCUGCUGUAAAGAGAAAGUGCCUGGUGUCUGCGUUGUGGUCUGUGGCCUUGGUGACUGUCUACUCGCCCCCCUGCUCAAGAGAUACAAGGUUGACGAUAAAGCGGUCAUGGAAAAUUCUGAGAACAUGUUUUCCGAGGAAUCCCUGACAAGUGAUGUGGCGCUUGUAGUCGAGGGCCAAAAGCUGCACGUGAACAAAACAGUACUUUCGCUUGCAUCUCCAGUCUUUGAAAAUAUGUUCUUUGGGGAAUUCAAAGAGAAAACCUUAUUAGAAGUUCCCCUACCCGGGAAGACAUACGACGACAUGGUAGAGCUGUUACUGUGCAUCUACCCAUCGACCGCCAAUCCGGUCACAGCAGACAACAUUGACGCACUACUUCCACUAGCGGAGGAAUACGUUAUGACGUCUCUAAAACAACGCUGUCGCACGUUUGUCACGACCUACCUGAAACUAAACGUGAAAACUUUAUCUAAGUCUCAGCUGGUACAUUUCAUGCAUCUAGCAGACAAAUAUGACUUUGAUGAUGUCCUUGAGGAUUGUCUAGCUCGGGCUGUGUACAUUGAAUACAGUGGCACCAAUGGGCUACAACACAAGGAGGAGUUCCAAGAUCUCAGUGACGAGGCGGCUGUCCAGUUCUUUAAGCGACGAUUGGUGUUGGUGGGGGGACUUGUCAGACCGGUGUUGCAAAUAGCCACCAAUCCUUCUGGAGAGCUUCACGAUGACUUACAGGCUAUCAUCGGCGACAGAUGUAAAUCGGGGGGAUACUUUCAUAGACAGCAUAAAUGUGGAGAAUGUGAAGCUGCCUGUUGCAAGGAAUGUCGGAAGCUCGGCACUAAAGCUAUAAACCAUUUGGCUCGUGUUAUCCCGGAAAUGCUGUCUGCUUUCAAAAAGCCUAAAUAGCUGGCGUAAAUCAGAGAUUUUGAUCAAUUGUUAUUUUGGAUAUAGACAUUUACGUUAGUGACACGCCCCAAAAGAGAAUAUCAGUAGUGAAUUGGCGAAUAAAGUGUGUUUCGCUUCAGUCAGUAGCAUAAUAGCUAUAUCAAGGCGACCUGUAAAUAAUCGAGUCCUAGACAUGCUCAAACAGUAGACACCGGAUCUUAAUUUAACUCGUUUCUAACAACAAUCCUGUGUUACUAGGGACAUACACAAGGAGGUAUUAAAGACAAAUUGUAUACAACUAUAUAAGUGGUUCUUUGACAAAAGGUCUGAGUGAAACUGUUGACAUCGAAUAUGUUCCACUUCUCUGUUGCUUAUGUAUAUUAAAAGUUAUUUCACAGAACGUCUAAUCACAAUGAUCACAAUGUAUGUUAGAACCAAUUUCCAUUCAUCAAGUUUUUUUUCUAUUUCAACCCAUCGUAGCUUGAUAUGGCUGAGUAAGUUACAAUCACUUUGCCUUCUCAUGUUCAAGAUUUUCACAAAGUAAAGGGUAACAUUA